UUCAGUAGAUUUUUUUUUGAGCCUUUAAACAUAAUAUGAGGCAGUAUAGUCUCUGGAAGAUCUGGAAGAUCAAGCCCCAAUGCUUAUAUACCAGCUGUGUGUCACUGAUAAAUCAUUUGAUCUCUCAGACAACUGCCUAAGGUUAUGGAUAAUAAUCAAGUAUUGAUCUGCAUUGGUAGAGGAAGUUUCCUAUAUGAACCAGAUCACAAGUAAGAACUUAAAAACACAAGAUAUUACCUUAGAUCCUCCAAAGGCUAUCAAAAUGAGAAGAGUUUAGGGUAGGAAGGAACUAAAUCAUAUGGUUAAUUUCUGCACUUCUCCAUGACUGCAAAUUAUUGCUUAGCAUUUUGGAAUGAGCUAUGCUAAUCUUUUGUCUUUUUCUUUCUUUCUUUUUUUCUCUUUGUCUCUCUCUCUCUCUCUUUAUUUCUUUCUUUUUUUUUAAAAGCAGAUUUCCCAUGUCCUGUCCAUUUAGAGUCUUUCCUAACCCUUGUAGAUUACAGCUGCUCAGGAAACCUGCCAUUGAUUACUUGUUAAAAAAUUCUAGUCCAGAGGGGACUUGAUAGGAAAAGUCCUUUUUAAUACCAGAAGAUUGUUUUCUGAUUUGAUUGUUGGCAAUCUGAUCCUUAUGUGUGAUAUGCUGGAAACCAAUAGGAGAGAACUGAAUGUCCCGCCUAUAUAGCUUUUUGCAUGAGUAUUUCUCAUCUAGCUAGGUCACAUUAUGGAUGUGUGCUCAAAUUCUGCUAAGCAUCCUGUGUUGCUUAAAGAAUCAAAAACAGAAAAUAAGGACAAAUCUCAAGUCAAAUUUCAAGAAAAUGAAUUCAUUCCUAAAUUACAGGAGAAUGAUGUUUAUUCCCAAGCUAAAGGAGAAUGCUCUGACACUAGAAAAGAUUUCAAUGACACAGGAUCCUCUUCUCUUCCUAAUAUUCAGAAAUUUCUUCCUAUAAAUUAUAACAGUUAUACUAAGGAACAUUAUUCAUAUGCAGGCAAGAAUAUUAUUAUUCAAGAAUCAAUAGAGAACUAUGGAGCUGUAGUAUGGCCAGGUGCUGUAGCUUUGUGUCAAUAUUUGGAGCAACACAGUGAAGAACUCAAACUUCAAGGUGCUGCAGUCAUUGAAAUUGGGGCUGGACCAGGCCUUGUGUCAAUUGUGGCUAGUUUAUUAGGAGCACAUGUGACAGCAACUGAUCUUCCUGAUGUCCUAGGAAAUCUCCAAUACAACAUUUUUGAAAAUACACAUAACUGUAGAGUACACCAACCUGAAGUGAGAGAACUGGUGUGGGGGGAAGAUCUUGAACUGAAUUUUCCUAAGUCAUCUCACUAUUACGAUUUCAUUUUAGCUACGGAUGUAGUGUACCAUCAUUACUUUCUGGAUAAAUUGUUGACCACAAUGAUACAUUUAUGUCAGCCAGGGACAGUAUUGCUCUGGGCAAACAAAUUCAGAUUCAGUACAGAUUAUGAAUUUUUAGAAAAAUUCAAGGAAAUUUUCAAUACAACACUACUUGCUGAAUUUCCAGAAUCUACAGUCAAGCUUUUUAAAGCAACACUAAAAUGGGACUAAAAGAGGGAAAAAUGUAUCAUAUUAGCAUGCCUUUUGAAGGAAAAGCUGAUAUUGUAUUUUAGGCAAAAUGGAGAACUUAAAUUUACAUGAGAACUCAAGUUAAGAUGAAUUUAAGCUUUGGAGACAUACUUAAGUCCAGAAACCAAUGUUAUGCCAAAUUUUAUACGUAUAUAUGUCUCUGUAUAAAUACACAUCUAUAUAGACACACCUCAGAUUUUACAGUAAUCAUAUUACAUAAUUUGAAAUAGUAAUGUUUAUUUUAUAAUUCACAUUACAAGUACAAACUCGCCUUAUUGAACUUACUCCCAUAUAUUAGAAACAAAUGCCCCCAAAUUAACUGAAUCACAAUUAACAUAUUUUUAAAAACUAUCUAUCUAAGAAAUGAAAUACCAAGCAAAUAUAUAACAAACAUCAGUUUAAUAUAAAACUGAAUUCUUUAUAAGUUUAGCCAGAGUAUGGUCAUAUCCUUUUGAAAGCACAAAUCCAAAGCUCUAAAAUCUGCAACUUUACACUAAAUUUGUAAUAUAAUGGACACAUACAUAUGUGUUAAAUGAUGCAUUUACUCAAUAACCUAAAUUUAAGACAAUUCUGAGUAAUUAUUAAGAUUAAUGCAAAACUCUUAGAGCAAUGAAGGAUAUAGGGAGAUAAAGAUAGCUGCUAGGGACAAUUAUACUUUUAAUUAUGCUGUAACACCAGCUUUUAGUAAAUUAGUACACUUUUGUGUACACAAGAGUGUUACUUCUACUAGAGGUACACUAAAAGUUUGGUACUGCAACAUGUUUUGAAAACAUUAGCUUGGAACAGUCCUUUCAUUAUUCACCAUGCUGUAUUUAGCUUGGUCAGUUCUACUACACGAAUGGUUUCUUUUAGAUUGUCAACAUAGUCAAUGACACUAAACCAGAUUUGCUCAUUUUACUUAGUAUCUAUCCAGGUUUUAGUGUGAAGCUUCAAUUUCCUUUAACAUUGGCAGUUGCAAAGAGAAGAUUUAGAGGAAAAAAUAAUUAUAGGUUUAAUUUAUGCCGAAGCAAUGCCAAAAUAAAUAUGAAAGUGGACAUUAUACAAGAAAUCCAGAGAAAGUUUGCCUAAAAGUUUUGGGUUAGAAAGGCAGCAGCCCAUGUACUAUUCAGUGCUCUUGUGUAGACAAUGCUCACAGAAGAAAAUAAAAUACAGUGAUCCAUAUACUUAUUGUUUGGGACAUUUAGUUAUAUAUAAUCCAUUUUUAAUUCAGCUGCCUUCUACUACAUGAUUUCACUACAAACGUUUUUGGCAAGUGCUCAUUGCAGAUGCCGAAUUGGUUUGCAUUUUGUUGAAAAGAAAAGUAGUACCUAUACUUGGUUGGAUAUAACUAACCAUAAGCUAUUAGAUGUUGAAUUAUAUUGCUACUUUUCCCUUGUUAAAAUAAGAAGAGUGAAGAGUAUUUACUAAAAAAGAGGGGAAAGAUUGAUGAGAACCAAACAGCUACUAUUCAUAGGAAUUCAUCAGGAACUUUUACCCCAUGAACGCAAGAAUUCCUUUAUUGGAAUAUAGGAAACACCACGUACAAACAUUGUACUUUAGGCCAUUCCGUAUCACAAAUGAAUAUUGUUUUUGGAGCCUUUCACCCAUGAAUGGAUACAAAUACUUUAUUGGAAGAGAAUAAUAACUACAGAUGAUAUGCAAAACUGUGUAUACAUUAGGUCAAGUUGGAAGAUGCAGUAAGAUGUCACCCUUUGUCUUUAAGGAGACUAAUGUAGCAGGGAUGAUGAGCCAAGUAUACAAGCAAAUGUAAUAACAAAUAGAAUAUAUAAUAGGCACAUAAUGUCAUGUAGUUUCUAGGAUAUUUUUUUUGUGAAGAGAUCUGAUUCAGUUACAUGAAGUUUUUGACACUAAUAGCUAUUACUCAGUUCUCUUCAUUAAAAAAAAAAGUUACAAAGUUCAAGUGAAUAAAAGAAAGUUGUACAAUAAUAUUACUUAAAUUGCAGGGUAAAGUUAUAAGCAGCUUAAAACCCAAACCUUCCAGGUUUGAGAAUAAUUGUGUUACCAUCAAAAAAAAUUCUUUAGAUAGGACUUGAAACUAUUGCAUCUUGAUUAAUUUUUACUAUAUUUUAAUACUGACAUAAUAUUUUUAUACCUAUAUACCAAUGGAAAACCACUAUGAUGUAAAAAAUUACAUCAUAGUCUAUUUUUGAGGAAGGUAAUUCUUCUAUGAAAUAAAAUUGGUCUUGGCUGAUUGACUUUUAAGUAUUUAUUCAAUCACAAAUAAAGUAUUCCAGAUUACUUAAUUCACUUCAAACAUUAGGCACUUACUGUUUGCAAUGCAUUGCAUUUGUUUCUGGGGAGGCAAAGAGGAACACCUUUAAUCCCAGUUUAUCAAACCAAAUGGUGCCAGGAAAAGGCUCUCCUUUCCUGAUGGCAUGACCUACAGCUUAAUGUAGUUUUUAGAGUACCACCAUACUACAGAAAUCAGCACACUUCUACCCUAUGUUUGAUGAUAAUGGUAAUGUUGCAUUUACUCAAAAUUGUGCUUUUUGGUAUUUUUGGAAAUUCAAAAAUCGUGUAUUUUCCCUACUCCCAAGUUUGAAAAAUAAAAUUAUUUUGUAACCUUCA